AUGACUGGUGGUAGCUGGCUAAGUUGGAAUGCCAAAAAAAAUGAGUCCAUUAAUCAAUUGUCGGAAAGUAACGAAGACGUUAUAGAUGAAGAUGAAGAACAUCCUAAUGAUGAAGAGUCAGAACAUGAUGAUACAGUCCCUGAUGACAAUGGUGACGAAGUAGAUGAUCAUGUCAAAGAAAAAAGAGGACUGGGCUGGGCAUUUUGGGGAAAUUCUAAUACGAAUGUGGAGUCCACGUUGCAAAAUGUAAAAGACAGCAAAUCUUCUGGUGCUUCAGACCAGGAUAAUGUGGAGAGUACUCUGAAAAAGGAUAAGGCGGUACAUGUGGGUAAUACAAUAUUGAGUUCGACUUCGAAAUUUCUUGUGAAGUCAGAAUCUACUGGAAAAGCUCCCCAAAACACGGAACAAGGUGAUGAUGCUGUAUUGUAUAAACCUCACGACAAGACUGCCCAAUUCAAUCAAAUCAACACUCACAAAAAUGAAGAUUUACGGGAAAAUUUGAUCGUGCCAGAUUGGAACACUUGUCUACCACAAACUGCAACGAAUCCUAUAUUUAAUACGUCAACAACUUCCAAUCAGGGUAAUGCAAAUCAAACUGUGCGGACUGACAUCACAAACUGGAGGCAAUUUUUAGGACAGAUUUCUAGUAAAUUCGGUUUUUCUAGUAAUCCAACACUCCCAGAAGAGGAAGAACAGUCACAAUCGCCAGGUAUUGAAAGCAAUAUAGAAAGAGAUGUUGGGCUUCUUUAUGAAAAAUCAUAUAAACUUUACGGAAAAUCUUUAGCUGUGUUACCUGAAAAUAAGCGGGCAUGUUUACCCAAUUACAAUAAAUACUACCAUAAUGUGGAUGAGAAAUCAAUAAAAUCAGCGUCAUCUGUACCGUCUCAGUUGCAAGAAGAUUCAUCAGAUCCAAACUCUAUCACUAUUACCAAUGAUGCUAUGGGUAAUUUAUUAAUCAACAAUUCGAUCAGCUCGAAGCGAAGAGCUCUUCAUCAGGCAUUGAAUGCCGAAGUUAUAAGUCAAAAGGCUGGUCCACUAAAGAAGAUAAAAGACAUUUUAAUUAUAGGUGUCCAUGGAUUUUUUCCCACUAGAAUGAUCCGUCCUAUUAUUGGUGCUCCAAAGGGUACGUCUUUGAAGUUUGCCAAUGAAGCAGAAAAAGCUGUGAUUAGAUAUUGUGUUGAAAAUAAUUUGAUCAACGAGAAUGAAUCGAAUGUUAGUAUUCAAAAAAUUGCUUUAGAAAAAGAAGGCAAGGUAUUCGAUCGUGUUGAGUUUUUCACAGAAAUAUUGCAAAAAUGGGAAAAAGAAUUAAAUAAUGCAGAUUUUAUAUUUGUUGCUGCACAUUCUCAGGGGUGCGUUGUUUCUAUCAUAUUGUUGGCUCAAUUGAUAAAAAUGGGCAUUUUAAAGAAUCCUCUACAUAAACGUAUCGGCAUUCUUGGAAUGGCGGGUGUCAAUAAUGGUCCCUUUUACGGGGUAGACAAGUCUUUUUUCAUGAAAGCAUAUUCUGCUAUAGAAAAUGAGUCAUUGCUUGAAUUGUUUGAAUUGAACAAAUUUGACAGCCAACAAUCAAUCGCUUAUAAAGAUUCGAUCCAAACCAUUAUUAAUGCCAAUGUUAAAAUCUGUUUUAUUGCGUCGAUAAAUGAUCAAUUGGUACCCUUAUUUUCAGCACUUGCCUCACACAUUUUCCAUCCCAAUAUAUACCGUGCUUGCUACAUUGACUACACUUCACAUACACCCCAAUUUGUGGGAAAAUUAGUUUCCUUGUGUACACAUCUAUUGAAUAUUGGUUAUUUUGACAAUAAUGUUAUAAAAGAAUUGAGUACCUCUUUGGCUGGACCAUUUAGUGGGAACGGGCAUUCCAAGAUUUAUAAUGAUGGGAAAGUUUACGAUUUGGGUAUCAAAUUUGUUCUUGAUACUGAUGAUAUUGUCAUUCCUUUUGAUGGCGAAUCAAAUUUGCUGGAAGAAAUAACUAAGAGUGAAUUGCCAAUUUCAAAUCAAAUAUAUAUCAAAGAGUACAACAUUGCCAAAAUAGGUACAAAUCCAUAUAUAUUACCAUGGUGUUUGCGGGGGUUGUUAUUCAAUAUUGAGAAGAAUUGGCCCAAUAAGAGAGCUGGUCGAAUCGAAGACAAAGAAACAGUGAAAAAUGGGUAUGAAGAAAUUCAUGAUUUGUAUGAAAGUUUUGAAAACUGGAAACCUGAAACAAAAGUUUAUAAAGACCUCAAAUUUAGGUUGAAUGGAUUGAGGGCAAGUAAGCUCUAA